AUGGCCGUACUAUUGGCUCAACAGCCCUUCAAAUUUGACGGCCUCUUCACCGUCGGAAAGAUCUUCUUCAUUUUAGAUCUGGUGCUGUUCGUCUCAUUCAGUGUGUGCAUAGCGAUGCGUUUCGCGAUGAAGCCAGGCUCCCUGGGGCUUUCUCUGCACCAUCCGCGGGAAUCAUUCUUCUUCGGGACAUUCUGGGUCUCCAUCGCAUUCAUCAUCUACAACAUCCAGCUCUACGGCACUCCGUACUGCGGCUUCUGGCUGGUCAAGACGCUCGAGGUUCUCUUUUGGGGAUACGCCGGGUGCGCGCUGCUGGUGGUGAUAUUCCAAUACCACGUCAUCUUCGACACGCGGAGCCUGCCGGUGGCCGACGCGAUGCCGGCGUGGCUACUGCCUGCGUAUCCGUUUUUAGUGCUUGGCCCGUUGGGGGCGGGGCUGGAGUACUCGCAGCCACCGGACAGCGGGCUGCCCAUCCUGAUCGGCGGGCUCAUGUUCGAAGGGUUCGGGUGGAGCAUCGCCUUCAUGAUGUACACGCUGUACUUCACGCGGCUGAUCAACAGCGACAUCCCGACGGAGAAGGAGCGGCCGGGUAUGUACGUUGCGGUUGGGCCGGCGGCGUACACGUCGAAUACGUUCGUGGCUGUCGGCUCGAUAGCGCCGAAGAUCCUGCCUCCGGACUUCCUGGGCGUCCAGGGUACGUCGGCGGCUCAGGUGUGGAGGGCUGUGGGCCUGCCGGCCGGGGUGUUCCUAUGGCUGCUCGGGUUCUGGUUCUUCGCGCUGGCUAGCAUCUCGAACGUCUUGGGGUGGAAGAAGAUGAGAUUCACACUGAGUUACUGGAGCUUCAUCUUCCCGCAGGCAGGGUUGACCAUUGCGGCGGUCCAGAUUGGAAACGCGCUAAACAGUGACGGAAUCAAGGGGGUUACGAGUGCAAUGACAAUCCUGCUGGUGGUUGCAUGGUUGCUCGUGGCAGCAGCGACGAUGGGUGCAGUUCGGAAGAAAGAAGUGCUGUGGCCAGGGGUUGACGAGGACGAGGAGGACGUCGAGGGAAGAACGCGGUCGGCGGACGAGGAACUGGGAAAGAGGCGCAGGGACUGA